AUGCGUACUGACUGUUGCUUAUGUCUGGUGCUACUUCCAUUUGGUCUUCUGCUUCAUCAUAAGAUAGUGUUGCUGCUCAAUCUGAAGGUAUCGUCCUUUAAAGUAAUAAGCCAACGAUAUAAGCAGAACUGUAGUGUAUGGGAUAUCAGAGGAAUAAAAAGUAUUACUAACGUGUCGUGUUUACAGGAUCGAUACAAUGAUUUUGUGAUCGUAUAGUUACCACUGCUUGUUUCGAGGUCCUGCUCAUCGGCCUUAUUUGAACGUCCUCGAAACCCUCCUUUUCUCAUUCACUAA